AUGGCGCCCCUGGCUGUUGCCCAGUGUGGCCUUUGCCCCCAAUCUGAUCUUCCCACUCUAACAGUAGAUGCCAGCUUGGAUGUGCACAGUAAUUGCCCUCUUCCUCGUUGGGAUCAGCUUCCUUACCCACAUGGGGAAUAUGUGGGAUAUAAGUAUGGAAGUGAUUCUCGUUACUACAAUUUGGUCACUGCAGCCUAUCUUUGGGCAUGCUUCAUAAAUUGUUCGCAAGCAGUAACAGAUAUUAGAUGGUACAAGCCUGUUACUUGCCUGACUGCAAACAAUUCGUUUGUUUAUGUCUCAUUUGAGACUUGCGAUGUAAAGUUUCUUGAUCCCUCUUGUGGGUAUUUGGCCAUGAUCCCCUUUGGUAGCCGGGAUAAUGCAUACCCAGAGCUUAUGAAUGCCAGUGAUACAGAUAUCAUAAAAUUGGUAAAGAAGGGAUUUUCUGUUAGCUUUCCAAGGGAUUCACCUUUUGUAGAUUCUUCCCACAAUGCUUCUUGGAUUUUUAAAAUGUGCCUGAAAAAUUCAACCAGCUACUUCCAUGAGCAAUUAUCUGGCACAAGCAUCUUAAAAUGGACUCGUGCUUUCUUCUGGAUUGAAUCACAUUUCACACAAUGUGUAGACUAUUACCAUACCCCAAAUGUCUUUGACAAGGAGAUGAUUGUGAUAGCCAUAGUAUCAGCUAUAAGCAUGGCCAAGUUACAUUUUGUCGAGAAGUUCCUCCAGAUGCAACAAAUGAUUGGUCCAGUUAGGUUUGCCUACACAGACAUUACUGCGAUCACUAGCCAUUUUAGAGACAAGCUGGGUCAAGGUGGAUACGGCUCUGUAUACAAGGGCGUGCUACUCCCAGGCAAUGUGGAAGUAGUCGUCAAGAUACUAGGCAACUCCAACUGCAAUGGGGAUGAGUUCAUCAGUGAGGUCUCCACCAUCGGCAGGAUCCACCACAUCAACGUUGUUCGUCUUGUGGGCUUCUGUGCAGAGGAAAUGAGGAGGGCACUGUUGUAUGAAUACAUGUCCCAUGGUUCUCUUGACAGGUAUAUAUUCUCGGCCAAGAGAAGUUUCUCUUGGGAUAAGCUCAAUGAGAUUGCUUUGGGCAUUGCAAGGGGAAUCAACUACUUGCAUCUGGGUUGCGAUAUGCAGAUCCUUCACUUUGACAUCAAACCACAUAACAUCCUUCUUGAUAGCAAUUUUGUCCCAAAAGUUGCAGACUUUGGUCUCGCCAAGUUAUACCCGAGGGACCAUAGCUUUGUGCCAGCGAGCGCCAUGCGGGGAACUAUUGGGUACAUAGCUCCUGAAAUGGUAUCUCGUAGCUUUGGCAUCAUAUCAAGCAAAUCUGAUGUUUAUAGCUUUGGUAUGCUACUGUUAGAGAUGGCGGGAGGGCGAAGGAACGCAGAUCAAAAUGCAGCCAACUCAAGUCGAGCAUACUACCCUGCUUGGGUUUAUGACCGUCUAGCCGCAUAA